CGGCCGCGCAGUUCAGACAAGGCGAGCGCGAGUCCUCGCCUGAACCUCACCGGAGAGAAGCUACAAAUAGGAGUCUCGCGCUCAGAACCGAGCACACACGAGUGAUGUACGGAGGCAGCGCGAGAGAUAACGGAGAUAACAGCCGGUAACAGAUCAAUGAUCCGGAACAUCUUCCAUUAACGCGCCUAGAGCUGGCAGAUAAUUUAAUAUAAACUAUUAAAAUCAGAAUUUCGGCUUGACCCGGUUUAUAUCGAGAGGACUUCACUCAGGCGAUUUUGGACUGGAAUCUCUAAAUCUUUUUCAAAAAAGGUUGGGCUGUUGUUCCACUGACGACAACAACAACAGCAAGCUGAAGCUGACCUGAUUUAACCCAACCCAAAGGAAGAACAGAGGAACAGAAGAACAGAACAUCUUGUGUAGCACAGCUGUACACAGCUCAAAACCUCAAUUGCAAGGAUGUAUGACGAGGGGUCUCAGGAAAUGAGAGAACAAAGCCCAGGGGUCCUACCGACUGGGGAGCCUGCAGUCGCCUCAGGUGGGAUGGGUCUGGACGUCGCAACCCCCAGCAAUACGAAGUCCUUCACCGAUGAAGCUGUCUCCAUCCUGACCUCAAGCAGCUUGUUGGCGCGCUCAUUGCUUGGUCGUACCUCUGCCUUGAAGCACAAAGAGCCGCCAGAGAAUGGAAAUAACCUUCGGCGCAAGCGUGAGUUCAUUCCUCAGGACAAGAAGGACGAUGGCUACUGGGACAAGCGAAAGAAGAACAACGAAGCGGCCAAACGAUCCCGUGAGAAGCGACGAGUCAACGACAUGGUGCUGGAGAACCGUGUGCUCGGGCUUCUGGAAGAGAAUGCCAGGCUGAGGGCGGAACUGCUGGCACUUAAGUUUCGCUUCGGCCUCAUUAAAGACCCAUCCAAUACGCCAAUCCUUCCAUUAACCACUGCUCCCUGCGUACCACAACCUGCCACUCCACAUUACUACCUGCCUCGAGAAGAUGUUCAUCACCCUGCAACUCCAGUGCCGAUGGUGCCCCAUCUCAAUUCUGCGCAGACUGUACCACACAUGGGGGCACGAGGCAUCAGAGACACUGGCAGCAUGUCCGAAGACUCAGGCUUCUCCACACCAGGAGGUUCCAGUGUUGGAAGCCCUGUGUUCUUUGAAGACAGACUCAGUGACCACGGCAAGCUUUCACCGAACAGUGCCGACGAGCUGACAAGCUACGACUACCAUCACUCCCCCGAUUCCCUCGUAAUGCCAGUCUCAACAGGGCACAUUUCCAUGGCACCAGGUCGAGCGGAGCAUGUGGAAAUUCCUGAAGGCAUGAAGAGCCUCCCACACAAGUUACGCUUCAAGUGCCCAGGAGGCAGCGACAACGAGACCCCAAAUGAACCCCAGCGAGGUCAACUGCAGCCUAUCGGUGGACGAGAUGCCCCCAGAAACCAUUACCCACUAAACACAACCACAAGCAUAAGUGAAGGCGGAAGAUACUGGCCGCAAGAGAGCGACGAACCCCGAAAGACACUGCCUCACCCUCACUGCAACCCUGCUGCCGGCAACUACAGCAGCAGCCAACCACCACCAGCGAACCACAGCGACGGGCAAUACCACGCCGAGAACAGCAUGCUCAAGUCCCAGCUCAGCUCCCUCAGCGUGGAGGUGGCUCAACUCAAGAAGCUCUUCUCUGAGCAGCUCUCCAAAAUGAACUAGGAAGCCUUCGGAGAUCUCAGAACAGACAGAACUCAUUUGUAACAGACUGAAUACAGGGAACUUGAUCUAUCUAAGCUUAUCUGAGCCUGACAGAUCUAGCCAUAAGUUUAGGAACACAACAGAGAGACACAAUGACUCUUAUUACUAGAAAAGAAACACUGACUGAUUGUGACUGUGAGCAGUGGAAGAAAUCUUAUUUCUUAUAAGAAUCCUUAUUUCUCAUUUUCCUAGUCAUAACUGGAUGUCAGAUGUGCAAGUAGACAGGAGGCAGGAGGUGGGUUAUAUGAUAUAUUGAUUGGAUGAUUGAUCGAAUGCUAUUACACUCUUAAAAAUAACAGUUCCUUAAGGUGUAUUAGACCUUUUUAUUUGAUUUUCUUGGUGUAGAACCUGUAGAUUUAUUUGGAGACUCCUUAAAACACGUUCAUUGUAGACAGUCAUAGAGGUGUUUUCACUGCAGGGGCGAAAAUAAUAAGUUGUUGAGAGGGUUUAAUGAUGUAGGGAUCGUAAAAUUGGUCAAAUUUGGUCAAAGAGUCUUAUAUAUUCUAUAUUUUCAGUAUAUAAAUUGGCAGCGAUCAUAUAAUAUGGAAUAUCUAUAUUGAUGGCACUUCAGGGCAUAGAAGCACAAGCAGAGGGGCAGUUGCUCCCCCCCCCGCCCCCCCCCACACCAUCCAUAUUAUGGAAUAUGGAGGACAUACUACUAAAGGUCUUUUAGCCACAUUGUUUAGGUUGGCUUGGAGCUUACUUUUCUUUACAAAAAUCAAACAAUCAAAAGAAUUCACAGUUUUCCAAUUUGCAUUUAGUUAGUAUGCUAUGUUUCACACCAAAAAUUAAAACCCACAACAUAAAAUCUGGACAGGAAUUCAAGAACAGACAAAUUCGAUGACAGCAACUGUUGCAUAAUUAUUAUUUCGAGAUGCUGUACGCUUCAUGGACCUGAUUUAGCAAUGCAGGAAAGGAACAGUACAGUGUGACCUUAGUUAGUAAUCAUUUGUCCCUGCAGUGGAAAAGACGCCAUAUUGGAUUUAGAGGUGCCCAGUCCUGCCCAUUCUUUUAAAACGCCCAGUCUCUUGAAGGCUUGGAUCGGUACUCUACAGGUUGGAAGAUCUCCAGGACCCUCUUUAACAACCCUUUCAAAUUCUAGAGCCAUUUCCAGUAUUUCCAGUACCUUUAUUUUUAAGAGUGUAGCUCUGCAUACUGAGCAAACAGGACAGACCUAACUAACAAUCUACUGAACCUCACAAACCAUAUAUCACUCGUUUUGUAGCCUCUAUCACCCUUCUGUUAUUACAGUAUAUACUCUCACAAACUACACCUUUACAACCUCACUCCCCACCUACUACCUACACCCUCCUCCAUAAACACUGUGACUGACCUGAGAGAAAAAAUACUCUUAGGCCUCCUGAGAGCCAGAGCUUCUGGUGUUUCAUUGUGAGUGAGUCUACAAAACCAAAGUGCACCAUCAUGUUCAUGCUAUCUUAUCUUUCAACUCACCAUUCCUGUUUUAUGUGGCAACUCUGCUGCUAAUGCUGCUGGUGCCAGGUUCACAAUACACGACUUUCUGAGUCGUCAGAUCACUGUACUCUUCAAUCUUCACAGUCUGAGAUCUUAUAAUCGUGCGUCUUUUAGUUUUUGAGGUUUGCAGAUAGAGUCAUGAAUUGCAUUGACUUUCACCAAGAGGAUUACACUGUGAGCCUGAAUGCUCUACAAAAUCUCUUUUUUUUUUCCUCAAAAGUACCCAAAAACUGGAAAAUUGGAAAAUCUGACCUAAAAAUUAUUUGUGUAACAUUGGCUCAAGCAGCACUUUAAAAGAUUUGGAAGUGUUAAGGUUGUGAAAGACUCCUUUCGAAGUCAUUAGAUCACUGUACUCUUCAAUCAUCACAGUCUGAGGUCUUAUAAUCGUGAAUCCUUUAGUCGUUGAGGUUGUCGUUGAGUCAUGAAUAAGCCUGAUGAUCAGCCUGUUUGCUCUACAAAAUGACCUUUUUAGCUUGAAAAGUACAUGAGAACCGGAAAAUUGGAAAGUCAUGCCUAAAAUUGUAUGUGUAAACCUGGUCUAAGCGGCAUUGAAAAAAAAAAAAAUGGAAUUGUACAGGUUGUGAAAGACUUCUUUUUAAAUCAUCAGUUUGCUAUACUCUUCAAACUAGAGUCAUAACUUGCAUGGUCUUUCACCAGGAGGUACACACAAUGAACCUGACCGCUCUACAAAAUCAAAUUAAAAUUUGGCCUCAAAAGUACAUGAUUUGGAACACAAGUACAAGAUUUGGAAGUGUUCAGAUUGUAAAAGACUUCUUUCGAAGUCGUCAGAUCACUCUACUCUUCAAACUUCACAGUCUGAUGUCUUAUAAUCGUGAAUCUUUUAGUUAUUGUGGUUUGCAGAAAGGGUCAUAAAUUACAUGGUCUUUCACCAGGAGGAACACACAGUGAGUGUGAUUGCUCUACAAAAUGACAUUUUUAGCCUCAAAAGUACAAGAGAACUUGAAAAUUGGAAAAUCCAGCCUAAAACUUUAUUAUGUGAACCUGGUCUAAUCAGCAUUUUAAAAAAAUUGGAAGUGUUUAGGUUGUGAAAGGCUUCUUUCGAAGUUGUCAGAUCACUGUACUCUUCAAACUAGGGUCAUUGCUCCAGGAGGAACACACAAUGAGCCUGACUACUCUACAAAAUCCCAUUUUUGGCCUCAAAAGUACAAGAGAACUGGAAAAUUUGAAAAUCUGGCCCAAAAUUUUAUUGUGUAAACCUGGUCUAAGCAGCACUUUUAAAAAAUUGGAAGUGUUUAGGUUGGAAAGGACUUCUUUCGAAGUCGUCAGAUUGCUAUACUCAUCAAACUAGGGUCAUAAAUAACAUGGUCUUUCACCAGGAGGAACACACGAUGAGCCUGACUACUCUACAAAAUCACCUUUUUAGCCUCAAAAGUACAUUAGAACUUGAAAAUUGGAAAAUCCAUCCUAAAACUUUAUUGUAUAAACCUGGUCUAAGCAGCAUUUAAAAAAUAGAAUUGUCCAGAUUGUGAACGAUCCCUUUCAAAGUCGUCAGAUCGCUAUCCUCUUCAAACUAGGGUCAUAAAUUACAUGGUCUUUCACCAGGAGGUACACACAAUAAACCUGACUACUCUACAAAAUCUCUUUUUUUUUUUUUUUUGCUUCAAAAGUACAUGAAACCUGAAAAAUUGGAACCUGUAUUGUGUGAACCUGGCCUAAGCAGCACUUAAAAAAAAAAAAAAACACUGAUUUAAUACUAAAUUCUAUUGCAGCUGAAAUCAUUAUCGUUGGACUGUGUUUAGUGUUGUUGCACAUCAUCACUGAAAAGACUGGAGCUUUGUUUUCCCUCUCGUAAAGCUCGUUAAAGAGAAAGAUGGUGUAACAAAUAAGAAAAACACUGUAAUUUGUAUUUUUGGUGUUCAAUUUUUUGGUGUUGCCUUGUGUAUGUUUCUGUGUGUACAGCGUGUGCAUUUUUAUAUAUGUGAAUAAAUAUUUGACAUUUGACAAAA